AAUAAAUAAAGAAAGAAAAUGUUUACAUUUUUUACUCAUGAUUAUUAAUUUUUUUAGGAAAAUGUAUAUUUCUUUAUUUCCGAAAAAACAAUUUUUUUUUUUAAGAAAAACUUUUUUUUAAAUUGCAAAUUGUUGUGCGUGAGUAAACAAAAAAUAAUUUUUGUGUGUUUGUGGAGGUUUGGCAGUAAUUACCCUCCAUGUUAAUGUUUUGGGAGCUCGGUCAUCCUGAGGGUUUCAGCAGUCACACAUUGACGCCCCUGCUUAUCCUCUCCAGAACACUUCUCAUUGGCACGUUUAUUAACGAUAUCUAUUUGCAGAUAUGAAGAUUGGCACAAUUAAAGGCAAUGAAAAGAAUCCCGUUCCUUCUCCUCUUUGUUGUCGACGCCGUUUCGACUUCCUUAUCGUGUGUUUUCGCCGUCGUUAAGGAGUGGAGUUUCAAUAGCAACACUUUUGACCACACACUCUUGACUUUAAUCUCACUCCUGAUUUGGCCCCAUCCAGCUCUUUGUCCUUCACUCCCUGGUUUUUCCUGUCAGCUCCUUAGACAGAAACUCGGAGAGCAAGUCCUCUCAUGCGGGACUUUGACCCCCGGUCUUAGCGGCCCGGGAAGGUGUUUGCUUAAGACCCAGGACAGAAACAAGAAGACAGUGGCAUCUUGUGCAGACAUUACAGAUAUCUGCCCUUUCCUGUUGCUUUAAACAACUGCACUUCCCAUCAGCCACCUGGCCUCCCUCCUCUCUCUGUUUCACGCACACACACUUCGUACCUGUCCAAGCUCCACCUUCAUCUCCUCUCAUGCUUGCAGCCACCGGCCCGUGUUUGCUUAGUGCCCCGCUGUACCGGUCUCUCAUGGAGGUGGACUCAGAGCAACACUGGCCACAGAUCUGAUUGGAUGGUUUUGUCAGAAUGACAGCCGAAGACCCUGCUUCCUCUUCAACCAUGAGCAACAAUACCGCCUCCAAGUCCACCGCUGCGUCCCACCCUGCUCUCCUUGCGCAGAACCCCAUUGUCGAAGGUGUCGUGGGCACCCCCAACGAGGCGGCGCUGGUGGCCUUGAUGGAGCGCACCGGCUACACCAUGGUCCAGGAGAACGGCCAACGAAAAUACGGGCCUCCACCUGGCUGGAACGGCCCGUCGCCACAGAGAGGAUGCGAGAUUUUUGUGGGCAAGAUCCCAAGAGAUGUUUAUGAGGAUGAGCUGGUGCCCGUGUUUGAGUCUGUGGGACGCAUCUACGAGAUGCGCCUGAUGAUGGACUUUGACGGGAAGAACCGAGGCUACGCGUUUGUGAUGUACACUGAAAAACACGAGGCCAAACGAGCCGUGCGGGAUCUCAACAACUACGAGGUACGGCCCGGCCGGCUCCUGGGCGUUUGCUCCUCCGUGGACAACUGCCGUCUGUUCAUCGGCGGUAUCCCCAAGACCAAAAAGCGUGAGGAGAUCCUGGAGGAGGUCUCCAAAGUGACGGAGGGCGUGCUGGAUGUGAUCGUUUACGCCAGCGCCGCCGACAAGAUGAAGAACCGCGGCUUUGCCUUUGUAGAAUACGAGUCGCACCGCGCUGCCGCCAUGGCCCGUAGGAAACUGAUGCCCGGGCGCAUUCAGCUGUGGGGCCAUCAGAUCGCAGUCGACUGGGCGGAGCCAGAAAUUGACGUGGAUGAAGAUGUUAUGGAGACAGUGAAGAUCCUUUACGUCAGGAAUCUCAUGAUGGAAACCAGCGAGGAAACGAUCAAACAGGUCUUCAGCCAGUGGAACCCAGGCUGCGUAGAACGAGUGAAGAAAAUCCGCGACUACGCUUUCGUUCACUUCACCACCCGGGAUGAUGCGGUGCUGGCCAUGGACCACCUCAACGGGACAGAGGUGGAGGGCUCCUGCAUCGAGGUGACACUCGCCAAGCCGGUGGACAAAGAGCAGUACUCCCGGCAGAAGGCCUCAAAGGGGGGUUCUGCCGCUCCGGAAGCCCCGCAGCAGAACUACGUCUACCAGUGUGACCCCUACACGCUGGCCUACUACGGCUAUCCCUACAGCACCCUCAUCGGACCCAACAGAGACUACUUUGUCAAAGGAUCGUCACUGAUACUGAACAAUGCAGGUACUGUGCGAGGCCGUGGUCGCGCCACCACAGGUAACCGUACCCCUGGUCCCCGGGGGUCGUACCUGGGGGGUUACUCUGCCGGUCGUGGCAUCUACAGCCGCUACCACGAGGGUAAGACCAAGCAGCCCGAAAAGCCUUAUGAACUGAUGCCCAGUCUGGAGCUGGCGGCCUCCGUCAACCAAGUUGCCAUCAAAGGAGGCCCAAUGGCGUUGCCCGCUCUGGCCGGGCAGUACCCCAUGUUCAGCGCGGCGCCUACAGCCAAGCUGAUGGAGGAGGGCAAGGUGCACGCCAUGGAGCACCUGAUGAACCCUCUGGCCUUGCAACACCCGGAACACGCGGCCGCCCCUGCUGCUGCCGCCACCGUGCUGCCGGUGUCCACUCCGCCCCCUUUUCAGGGUCGUCCCAUCACUCCCGUCUACGCCAUGACCCACAGCGUUCCCCGCAUCUCAGCGGCGGCGGCCGGCGGUCUGUACGGCGCGAGUUACGUCCCCAUCACAAACUACAACACGGCGGCACUGGCCGCCCUGCAGAAGAACGCGGCGGUGGCUGCCGCGGCGUACGGAGGCUACGCCGGCUACGCCGUGCCGCAGGCCUUCCCCGCCGCCGCCUUCCAGAUGCCCCUCCCAGACAUCUACCAGUAUUGAUGCGCCCGCCGUGAGUCCCAGGGCCUUCUCCUGCUGCCUGGCACUGCAUCUUUGGGACUUCACACACGCCAUCUUGUCCACUCAUCACACACAGGUGGUCUACUUGUGUGUGUGUGUGUGUGGGGGGGGGG